AUGGCGGCCGCUCCAGAUCCAGAGGAGAUCCUUCGUUCAACGAGAGGAAAAGAUAAUUUUAAGCGCAUUACACGACUUUUAAUAAGUGGAGGAACCAGCCUGCUGAGGGAGAUUUUUGACUCCUUAUGUCCUCCAAGUAAUCUUCCCACGAUUCUCGGCAAUCCAGUAACAAAGAACCAGCUCAAAGCUGCAAAACUCACCAUGCCACAGUGGCACUCUCUUUGUCCUUCCCCAGGGGUGUACGGCAAGUCAGCAGAUUUUGAUGUCACUCUACUUUUUCGAUUGUUGAGAACUAUAUGCAGCCUCACCCCUCCCACCACAGGAUGGGAUGCACUACCGGUCAGUACAGAUCACAGUUUAACAGCUGAUAUAGCAAGGGUAAAGUAUUACCGAAACUCGGUUUAUGGUCACGUGAACCAAGGCAUGGAAAUUAGAGAUAAUGAGUUUAAAACACUUUGGCAAGAAAUCAGUGAAGCUCUUGUGAGGAUCGCUGGGCAGAUCAGUUCUACGAGGAAAAUUGCAUGGCAAGGAGCCAUUGCUAAAUAUUUGACAGAUCCUCUUACAACUGAAGAUGAACGAAAUGUGCAAGAACUCGAGGCAUGGUAUAAAAGUGAUAUGGAGAUCAAGAAAUCUAUAGAAGAAGUCAGGGAACGAAUAAAUCGUUUGGAGGUAGGGUUGAAAGUAUGUGGCCAUCAUUGCCAUUUGCAUUGACUUUAAUUCAACAAAUUCAUGUUUUUGACAGCCAGAGGAUUAAAUGGUAUUACUGAACCUUAGCCAUCAAUUCUAUUGGGAGAAAAAACAGGCCAGAAUACAGUGUAUAGUCAUCCUCGGAGACCCAAGGGCAGCUAGUCGGGUCGAUAAAAUGUUCGUGGUGAAAGUUUACUGUAAGAUCGAGACGACUCUCGAUCUUACAGUAAACUUUCACCACGAACAUUUUAUCGACCCAACUAACUCACCCUGAGUCUCCGAGGAUGGUGUAUAGUCUGAUAAGUAGGAAUUAAGUUUUACACCGAGUUCGUUUUCUAAACGUUUUCUCGAGUGAAUGCAAAGUGUUGAUUACUACUGGUAAGGCCUUAACGCAUACUGGUUAGCUCAACGAUCCUCAAUGAAAAUUACUGAGUAGAAUGUACGUCUGCUAAAUAAUUUGUUUCACAUUUGCAAAUGGUUAAAAAUUCUAUAAUCUUCCUGGAGAAGGGCUUAUAACCUUACGCCCUCGGUAUCACAGCACUGCUGGACUCUUGUGGGAAUUGCAAAGCAUUCUGACAAUGUCCACCCCUGUCUAGUGCAUUUUUAUCGGUUAUGCGAACAGGUAACGUGUACAGCACUUCAUAUGAGACCGCGCCAUUCCUCAUUAAGCUGAACCACACGUAGUAAACAUUCUUCUAGAAUAUGAUUCGAGGACAAGACUUAGUUUUUGUUGUUAUCAGGUCUGUUUAGUAACUGCUUACUGUGGUUAUUCUUGGAAAAUCAUUGUUGACACUGAAAAAUGUCACUCUUAGACAGCAGUUCAAGAGGAAUCUAAAAGCAUUACAGCAUUACAUGAACGAACGGAUCUCAUAAAAGUAGCAGUUCGUCAGGAAGCAAAAGAAAUUAAGGAUCAACUGAUAGAGAUGAAUCGGCAGUCGCUCAAUAGAAACAGCCCUUCACGCUCUGCCGAUCAGACAAGUAGGGGUAAGUUCUUUUAAAAAAAAAAUACUCCUUCACUGGGACCAAAUGGAAUGAAACAAAGCGUCGUUUUUUUUAAAAUAAAUGUGCAGGUUAAGAGCCAGGGUCGGCCAGGGUUUUUGGGUAUACGGUAUACAGGGGCUUUUUAAAUCGGGUAUACGGUAUAUUGCAGCUUAAAUACGGGUAUUCGGUAUAUCACUUUCUUUGAAUUUCAGGUAUAAAGUAUACCUGAAAAUAUACCUGGGUAUAUUUGAAUAAAUUUUGGGUAUUUUUGGGUAUUUUGGCGAGUUUUUUUCGGGUAUACUGGUAUACCACUCCCCCCCCGCCCCUGGCGACCCUGAAGAGCAGUUCGAAGAGGUUGUCCUACCAUAGCCCAGAUGCAAAAUCGGCAGAACAGGACAAGGGCCAAACCUUUCAGUUUGCCGCAUCCUUAUAGUUAAAAUAUGGUUGUUUUUUCUUCACACUCGGACCUUUCUCUGCAUAUAAUUUUAUAAAACUAUGACGAUGAUAUACCGUUUCGUGCCAUAGUUUGUUCAAGUAAAUGGGGCAUGUUAGUCAUCUAAGUUUUGAUUUUCCAAAAUUGUUCGCUGCCACAUUGACUUUUUCCACAAUCAGCUUCAAUUACGAGCGCACGCAAUAAAUCUAGGGUGGCAGUUUCUUACUAACUGAAUCACUGUAAUACUUGUAUCCAAUGAAAGCUCAAGUUGAUGACUUUGUUAAACAAAAAUGGGAAACGAUUUGUUGGAUCUAUUUGAACAUCUUGUUGGGCGACGCUGGAUGCGUUAAAUGAAUUUGCUAGAUCACCUUGAAUGAAAAAAACUUUAAGUAUUUUUUUCCACCUGAACUUGUCUUGCAACAUUGUGCUUGCCCCGGGUAAAUUCUUGGAACUUCACAGAUGUGCUGCGGAGGCCUUUAACCCUCAUUUCGUUUCUCAUACAGGAUUAAGUAAUUUCUUAAACCAAAGUAGGUGAUAGAUUUUUCUGAAUUAUGUUGUUGGUACUCGGCACUCACAAGUCUUUUAAAGGUUUCUUUUCCUAUAAGACAUCAUGUUCAGAUGCUAAAUAGUGAAAUAAUUGUAGACUCAAAACCCCGAAAGCCUUACCCUGUCCAGCGGCUAAUAAAUAAGGGAGUCCUCCCCACCCAGGGGUUGGUCGGUACUGGUUUCGUUAGUUAACAUACAAACGAUGGCCUGUAUUCAUCAACUUUGUUAAAUUUAACAUUGUUAAAUGUUGGAUGAUUGAUCAACUGAUCUUGUUUGAACGGGCCCUUAGUUUGAUAAAAAGCUUAAAUAAUUAUAUUUCAGUGACGUUUUAGAUUGUAAAAUAAAGGUUUUAAUUUCUAGUCCAUGGUAGUUGUAACGUUUUAGGGGAGAGGGAACAUAGUCAGAGGAAUAAAAAGUUAUGUUCAAUCGCGAUUUGGGAAUCCAGAUCCAAAUUUAACGGAUUAUUUUGUCAUUAUGUAUUAGCUCUUCUUCCAUUGAAGAUUGACUGUGAGGCCUUUUCUGGAACUGGUCCACAACGAGAAGCUACAGUGAUGGUAGAGGCACCACUGGAAGACCAAGGAAAGAUCGAAGAGAGAGCAGUUGUACCAGCCACCCUAAGUCCGUCACAAACCUCGAACGUAACUGCUUCUCAAACUAUUCCUUCCUCACAAGACAUUUUGAAUUUAAUUGCCUCAAAGUACUUAAAUAAUUUGAACCCAUCAACACCGGAAGAUUUUAAUGGUUUUGUACGGUAUAUGAAAGAGGUACGCGAGGUGAUUUUAGUGGAUUGUAAGCCAGGAAGCUUGAUAAUCACUGUAGAAUGUGGGUCUUUGAAGAUCCUUGAAAAACUUUGGCAAGACUAUUGUACACGCAAUCUAAGUCGAGUGGUGCAGCAAUACCUAGUGACCGAGGAUAUUCUAAAAGAACUUGGACUAACGGAGGUAAAACUGACUACGACCAUCGACGAAGAGGACUACAGAGCUUGUCUAAAGUAUUUUAAACGAGGUAAGUAUAAAAGUCUUCAACUAAACUAG